UAGACCAGGGCUUCUCUGUCAAUUCUCUUAGCAUGCGACUCAUAUGGACUCUCUGGAUAACCUGAUAACAUCAGAAUUGGUCAAGGAUUUGUGUUUUAUUCAGCUUGGCUGCGAUUCAGAGCUGGGUAAAUUGGGACCCUGCAGCUUUCAGACCAAAACAUAGAAGACCAAAACACAGAAGACCCAGUCAUGGGAGACCCUGAACCAAGUGGUCUCAACCAUCAAGUGAGAGGGACUGAAAACAAGAAGCGUUACAGUGAGAUUUUCCGGAGUCUGGAUGCCUUAGAAAUCUCGCUUGGAAAUGCGACAGUUGACAUGUUCAUUGAUGACACAGACAGCACAGACCUGACCCCAGAAAGUGAGAUGCUCCCGGUGGAUGAAAGUUUCUACAAGAGCAAAAGCAAUUUGGAGGGGCAGGUGCAGACAAACAUCACAGUCGAAGAGGCUGAUGAGAUGCUGAUAAAAUGCGAAGGUGGUGUUGAUGCAGCCCUUGAAUAUGCCAAAACAUGGUGUAAAUAUGUCAAAGAACUGCUGAGCUGGAUUGAUAAACGCCUGAAUUAUGAAAUAGAGUUUGCCAAAAGCAUUGUGAAGAUAGCAGAAUCAGGUCAAUCUACCAUUAAACAACAGGUCUGCAUGCCACUUCAGCUGCUCUAUACCAUGGUCCUGGAACAUGACAUCAGGAUUGGGAGUUUAGCCAUUGAGACUGCAGGGGCUUUGCAGCUGAGAGAAUACUGCCAGCCUCUCACAGCCAAGAGAAAUGAAAUUGAGAAGUGGCGGAAAGAAUUCAAAGAUCAGUGGCUAAAGGAACAGAAAAGAAUGAAUGAUUCACUGGCAUCCUUGCGCAAGUCCCGCCUUCACUACAUACAGCGCUGCGAGGAGCUGGAGAAAGCCAAGCUGCUGAGUGCCAAGGCAGAAGAUGAGUACCAGAGCAUAGCAGCAACCCACUCUGGCAGCGCCAACAAGCAGCUGGAGAAACGGCGCCGCUCUCGUGAGGAGGCACAAGUGAAGGUCCAGGAAACAGAAGCUUCUUACAAGAUGUGCAUCAGUGAUGCCAACUCUCGUCGGCAGGAGCUGGAAAAGGUGCGGGAGAGAAUUGUCUCCCAUAUCCGGAAACUCAUUUACCAAGGAGAUGAGGUGCUGACACGGGUCACCUUGAGGAUGUUCAAGUUGCAGCAGACUCAGGCAGAGAAGAUUCCAGUGGGGUACGAGAACAUGACUGAGUACUGCAAGCCCUACAGAAUGGGUGAGAAAUAUCUGGAAUUCAUUCAGAAGCUGCAGAAGAAAGAGGUCCCCAUGGAGGUGUUUGAAUUUGAAGAAUUUAUUCCUGCAGGGCAGAGGUCUCCUCCUAGUGGCAGAAAAAAGAAUGCAGUGCAAUACUCCUGCAUCUCAUCCUCUGUAGUUGAUCUGAGCACUUCUGCAGAAGAUGCAUCAGGAAAGCAGUUUUCCACAAACAGUGAACAAAGUGCAAACAAAUCCUUCUACAGUGACACAGAAAGCCUGGGUGGGAGCUGCGAAUCCCGGUCCCUGGACUCUCCCGCCUCUAGCCCAGGGCACCAAAGUAGGAAGUUGCUAAAAGCUUCAUCCACAGGCACCAUGUCCUCCUCGGAUGAUUUUGAAGAGAGAGAUUCAUGUCAAACAUAUGACAGUGAAAAUGGAUCAUCCCAGUGUCAGUUUAAGAACAUCUGUCUGUCAAGUGCAGCACAGACCCACCGGCUGCGGAAAUUGCGGGGUCCAUCCAAGUGCAGGGAGUGUGAAACCUUUAUGGUCAGUGGCACGGAGUGUGAAGAGUGCUACCUGACCUGCCACAGGAAGUGCCUGGAGAACCUCCUCAUCACCUGUGGCCACAAGAAGCUGCCCAGCCGAGUGCCCCUCUUUGGCAUCGACUUCACACAGGUCCCUCGGGAUUUCCCGGAAGAGGUUCCGUUCAUAGUUGUGAAAUGCACCUCAGAAAUCGAGGCACGUGCCCUCGGAGUGCAGGGGAUCUAUCGGAUAAGUGGAGCCAAGGCCCGGGUGGAGAAGCUCUGCCAGGCAUUUGAAAAUGGGAGGGAGCUUGUGGAGCUCUCAGAACAUUCUCCCCAUGACAUCACUGGCGUCCUGAAGCAUUUCCUGAAGGAGCUGUCAGGGCCAGUGCUCCUGUAUGAGCUCUAUGAUGAAUUCAUCGCGCUUGCCAAGGACCUGCAGAGACCUGGGGAAGGGAAGAGAGACAGCUCAGGGUUCUCAGCAGAUCCCAUUCAAAGCAUGAAGGACUUGCUGAGCAAACUGCCUGGGACUAACUACAACACCCUGCGACACCUCAUUGCACAUCUGUACAGGGUGGCUCAGAGAUACGAAGAGAACAAGAUGUCUCCCAACAACCUGGGGAUAAUCUUUGGGCCGACGCUGAUCCGACCCGGUUCAGGGUGCGAUGUCUCCAUGUCGUGCCUCGUAGACUCUGGGUAUCAGGCCCAGAUUGUGGAGUUUCUCAUUCUGAGCUAUGAGAGGAUCUUUGGGAUGGAUGACUUGCCUCCGUCUUUGUAUGAAAACACUUUGCAGGAAGCCUUGGCAGAGAAGGACAAAGAGGAGAAACAGAGCACUGAGAAAGCCCAGGGUGUGACCACAGAGAGUUUCUCCUUCAAGCAUGAUUCAAAUGAGGGCUACGUGUCCGAUAAGUCAUCUUCCAGUGAAGCCAUCAAUGAGCUGACAAUGGAGGGAACCCACAGUCUCCUGAGCACAGAUCCCCUAGAUUUGAAUAGAAAUGACGGCUCUGAGCUGGAGGACCCUGAGGAAUCAGUGCACGAAAAGCCAGAUCCAGAUUCUGAUUCAGUUCUAGGCACGCAACCCAGGGGGUACUUCAGCCGGCAGCCUGUGAAGUAUCCUCGAGCGGCACAGGCCAAAAUGAGGCCAAUCAUUCAUAAAUCUUCCAGCUUGUCCUUGAUGGCUGCUGCUCUGUCAAGCCCUCUGAUGGAGGUUGAUGCAGAAGGCAAUCCUGCAGACUGCAGCCCUUUGACGAAGGAAGUCUUGGAGAAGAAAGGCAGCAGCAGGAGUAGCUCACCAGAGACCAGCACACUGCAGCGACGUUCUGGAGGAAAACAGCAACUCAGACAUUUUGAGAUCACCCAGGAAACUGCCAGGAUCGUCUCCAAGUUUCAAACUAACAGUACUUCCACAGGGUCCCCUCAAGUUUCUCUGGAAAGGACAAGCACAGACUGCACUGAACCCGAACCAAACUCUGACCUGGGGACACCAUCCCAGGAAAACCUUUGUGAACAAUGAGGAGUGCACUGCUGGA